GUCAGCGGAGCCAUGUUCCCCCUGCUGCUGGUCCUGCUCACCGGCCUCGGCGGGCUGCACGGGGGCCGCAAUCCUCACAAAACGUUUCUGCAGACCACAGUUCCUGAAAAGAUUUCAACAUCCGAGGCAAUAGAAGAUCCGGAAAAUAAUGUUGCUUAUAUCAUUACAAUAGAAGGAAAACCAUAUAUUAUCCAUCUCAAAAAGCAAUCAUUUUUAUCUUCAGCUUCUGUUGUUUAUUCUUAUGACAAAGAUGACACCCAACAUUCUCAGCCUUUGCUAGCUCAGAUGGAUUGCAAUUAUCAUGGAUAUGUUGCAGGUUUUCCAAAUUCUCUUGUAUCACUCAACAUUUGUUCAGGACUCAGGGGAAUAUUGCAGUUUAAAAACAUCUCAUAUGGAAUUGAACCAAUGGAAGCUGUAUCAGGAUUCAUGCACAUGAUUCAUGAAGAAAAAAAUGAUAUAACUAAUAUUCCUCUGUUACGGGAAAAUGACACUUAUCUCUAUGAUAGCUCACAGUAUCAAGUCAGAAGAAGUUCAGAAAGACCUGGCUAUUUCAAGUUAUUCCCCCGAUAUCUUGACAUGUAUAUUGUUGUGGAUAAAAAUCUGUUUGAUUACAUGGGCUCUGAUGUAAAAGGUGUAACACAGAAGGUUAUUCAGAUCAUUGGCUUUGUUAACACUAUGCUUACCCAGUUAAAACUGACUGUUAGAAUAUCUUCCAUAGAGAUUUGGUCAAACAAAAACAAAAUUUCUACUACAAGACAUCCUAAUCAUAUAUUAUAUAGACUUUUAGAAUGGAAAUACGAAUUUCUCUCCCAACCUCAUCAUACUGCAUACUUAUUUGCCUUCCAGAAAACUCCUGCUUUUAUAGGAGCCACACAUCCUUCAAAAAUAUGUGAUAAGAAUUUUGCUGGAGGAGUUGCUUUGUAUUCAGAGGGUUUAUCCUUGGAGUCAUAUGCUCUCAGUAUUGUGCAGUUGCUUGGCCUUAAUAUGGGAAUGAGUUAUGAUAAUACUGAGACCUGCCAUUGUUCAGGAGAUGUUUGCACAAUGUCACCAAAAGCUGUGCUAUCUGGGGGUAUAAAGGAUUUUAGCACUUGUAGCUUGGAUGACUUUAAAUAUUUUGCUGCACAUUCUGGCCUUGAAUGUCUUCAUAAAAUUCUUCCUGAUGAGCCAGUUUACAAACAGAGGAAGAUGUGUGGCAAUGGAAAGUUGGAAUCGGGUGAAGAAUGUGAUUGCGGCACUUUACAGAAUUGUACACAUCCAGACUGCUGUGAUCCUAGAACAUGUAGAAAGAAAAAAAAUAAAAUAUGUGGUUCGGGGGAAUGCUGCACACGAGACUGCAAGAUAAAACCAGUUAAUACACCUUGUAGGCAACCAGUUGAUGAAUGUGAUUUUCUAGAAUUCUGUGAUGGGAAUAACGCACACUGUGUGCCUGACACUUACGCACGUGAUGGACAGAGUUGUGAUUCGGGUGACUCCUUCUGUUAUGAAGGACGAUGUCGGUCGUUUACCAGACAGUGCAGAAAAUUAAUUGGAGGAGCAUCUAGAGGUGCUCCAUUUGCCUGUUUUGAUGAAAUAAAUUCAAGAGGAGAUAAAUUUGGAAACUGUGGCCGAAACUAUUGUAAUUACCCCAAUAUGUUAUGUGGAAAAUUAGUUUGUACCUGGCCUCACAAAGCUUUAGUAACACGCACAAAUUUAUCUGUGAUUUAUACACAUGUACGAGAUGACAUGUGUACCUCAACAUUUCUAAACACAGAGAAGACACCUAGAGAUACACUGACCACAGUUGAAAAACCUGAAGACAGAGAUCAAACAUUUGUAGAAGAUGGCACUAUGUGUGGUCCUGAAAUGUAUUGUCUGAGAUUUAACUGUGUAGAGCUUAAAUACCAUGUCAAUUUUCAGAGCUGCAAUCCUACCAGAGAUUGUAAUUCAAGUGGAGUCUGCAACAAUUUUAACAAUUGCCAUUGUAAAAUGGGGUUUGCUCCUCCUCAUUGCAAGCCGAUGGCAGGAGAUUUUGGAAGUAUUGAUGAUGGACACAGGGGCAAAGUUGGACCUGAGAAAAUAUUUGAAGAUAUACUUUUGCCGGAGAGAUCUCACAGUCAUCCAAAACACAGAUUUCAACUCAUUUUCUACAUUUCUCUCCCUGUGUUCAUCAUUACUAUUGCUGUUAUAAUAAGGCAGAGUAAAAUAAGGGAGCUAUGCUACAGAGGAGAACCUGAAAGUGAGAGAUCUGUGUCGGAAGAAAGCAGCAGUAACAGCGAGUUGUCACUCAGUGUAAGUAACAGUCUCUAACAAUCUUGGCCUGAAGAGAGGAUGGUACCAAAUAAAUCACCAGAAACUGGCCUAAACCAAGAAGGAA